UGUGACGGACUACUCUCUGUCAACAACAAAAGCGCUUCCGUUUUGUACCUGUAAUCUAAACAGUAGGCAUCUCUUACUUUUAGGUGCUUUUUCAAUCGUGCAUAUUCUAGUAAUGCGGAUGAAACGAAACGUUCGCAUCUUGCACAGAUAGUUUCCACUAGCAAUUGCAUUUUACAUCGCGUUUGGAAAAUGGAUAAAUAUGAAGGCUACAUCUUCACCGCAUUGUGCAGCACCAACUUUCUGGUAUCCUGCUUGCUCUUCUCUAAAAUCACCCGAGAGCAACGAGAGCCCUACAUGGAUGAGAUUUUCCAUGUGCCCCAAGCUCAAAACUAUUGCCACGGGAAAUUCAACCAGUGGGACCCGAUGAUCACCACUCUCCCGGGCCUCUACCUGUUCUCCGUGGGCAUCAUCAAGCCAGUGGUGCGACUGGCCGACAUGACGGGUGAUGUUGUGUGCUCCACGGCCAUGCUGCGCUUCAUCAACCUCCUCUUCAACUGUGGCAAUCUCUACCUGCUCUACCGGCUCAUUUGCAAGCUGCACCCGAAGGAGAAGACCCGCACAGCUGCUAGGCGGAUCCUCUCGGCCCUGUCGCUGUCCACCUUCCCGGUGCUGUACUUCUUCAACUUUCUUUACUACACGGACGCCGGCUCCACCUUCUUCAUCCUCUUCACGUACCUCAUGACGCUGCACGGCUGCCACAAGGCGUCGGCGCUGCUCGGCGCCUGCGCCGUCUUCUUCCGCCAGACCAACAUCGUGUGGUUGGCCUUCUGCGCCGGCACCCUGGUGGCCGGCCACAUGGACGAGGCGUGGCGGGCGGCGCAUUCCAAAAAGUCCGACGACAAGUCGGCUGCCUUUCAGGUCCCGUUUUCCCUCAGCGGCGCCAAACGGGUUGUGCUUUUCAGUGUGGAUUUUUUCACUUCCGCCGGGCACCUGAAGGCGGCGCUGCUGGCGGCGUGGCCCUACGCCCUGGUGGCCGCCGGGUUCUUCGUCUUUGUGUGGCAAAACGGCGGCGUGGUGGUGGGCGACCGCGCCAACCACGAAGCUUGCCUCAACUUCCCGCAGCUCUUCUACUUCCUCUCCUUCGCCCUUCUCUUCUCCCUGCCCAUCACGCUGUGUCGUCACCGCGUGCGGCGCUUCUUGCAAGCCAUGAAAAAGCAACCCGUCCUCUUCCUCGUGGCCACCGUCGUCUCCGUCCUCCUGGUGUGGAAGUUCACCGCCGUGCACAAGUACCUGCUGGCUGACAACCGUCACUUCACCUUCUACGUGUGGAAGAGGUUCUUCCGAAGCCACGAGAUGCUGCGCUUCCUCCUGAUCCCCGUGUACAUUUUCGCCGGCUGGCACUUCCUGGACUCGCUCAAGGCGCGAUCGCUCUUCUGGAGCUUGGCGUUCCUGACGUGUCUCCUGGCCGCCACAGUCCCGCAGAAGCUCCUGGAGUUCCGUUACUUCAUCGUGCCGUACCUGAUGUACCGCCUGCACAUGCCGCUGCCGUCCCUGGCCAGGCUGGCGCUGGAGUUGCUGCUGUACACGGCCGUCAACGCCGUCACCAUUUACGUCUUUGUGGCCAAGACGUUCCGGUGGCCGGACAGCGCCGCCACGCAGAGGUUCAUGUGGUGAACUCAAUGGAGGAAGGAGCAAUGAGAUUGGGGGGGAAGCUCAAAUGGUUUAAUGUGAGACUGCACGACAUCAUGUAAUUCAUUUUUGGUGGCUUUAGUAUCAUUAUGGAGACCAAUUAGAUUUUUUUUUUUAAUGUGUCAAUCAAGGAGACAUUUUCUAUCCACUGUGUUGAUUUGAACUUUUUUUCCCCAGUAUACAUUUCAUGCAAAUUCAGUGUUCAUUUUUUUUUCUAUUUCAUUUUCUUUUUCCGUCCAACUAAAUGCUUCCUAUGAUUGCUGUCAUAAAUAAAAGGAAUGAAAUACA